CGAAUGACGUUCAAGACUCGGGUUGUUAGCACGCCUCGUGUUGUAUAAGAAGCGUCUUAGUCCUGAAGCACACAAUUGCUGAUACCGAACCUCCACAUUUCUGCCUUGUCCAGGUUUAUCACCAUGGCUCCCGCACUCGUCGAUACUGCUGUUUACGAACAGUCGUCCACCAACUUCAAGUCGCAAGCUGGCCAGUACAAAGAAGCUGCGUUUGGCGGACCAAAACUGUAUAAGAAGGAGCUCGAAUUGAGAGGGACGGGCGAGCAUGCACCUGCAAGGUAUCCUAAUUACCUCCCGGUGUGGGACUUUGAAAAGAAGUACCCUCCUUUGGAACCUUUCGAACACUACGAGCACGGCAAAGAUGCUGAUGCGUCGUUUCCCAACCUCUUGAAGGACGCCAAAGUUGCAGAUCUGACUGCAAACAUUGGUGCCGAGAUUCACGGUGUCCAGCUUAGCAAGCUAUCUGAAACUGGAAGGGAUGAGCUUGCAUUGUUCGUCGCUCAGAAGAAGGUUGUGGCUUUCCGCGACCAAGACUUUGCAGACCUAUCCAUUACAGAUGCGUUGAAGUUUGGUGGGUACUUUGGUCGACACCACAUCCACCCUACAUCGGGAGCUCCGGAGGGUCACCCUGAGGUCCACCUCGUUCACCGAGGAGCAGAUGACACAACAGCUCGCGACUUUUUCGAAGAGCGAACGAACUCAAUCACAUGGCACUCGGAUGUCACGUAUGAAAAGCAACCGCCAGGUACAACAUUCCUUUAUUUAUUGGACGGUCCAGCUGCGGGAGGUGAUACCUUGUUUGCGAACCAGGCAGCAGCAUACCAGAGGCUCUCACCGGAGUUCAGGAAACGCUUACAUGGAUUGAAGGUUGUGCAUUCAGCUGUUGAGCAGGCUGACAAUAGCCGGAAUCGAGGAGGUGUUGUCCGUCGUGAACCUGUCACUUCGAUACAUCCGUUAGUACGGACCCAUCCCGCUACCGGUGAGAAGGCACUAUUCGUAAACCCUCAGUUCAGUCGCCGCAUUGUUGGCUUCAAGAAGGAGGAGAGCGACUUUCUGUUAAACUUUUUGUAUGACCACAUCGCGAAGGGUCAGGAUUUCCAGGCUCGCGUCAAGUGGGCGCCGGGCACGGUCGUUGUCUGGGACAACCGAGUGACUGCUCAUUCUGCGUUACUGGACUGGGACGAUGGUGCACGCAGGCAUUUGGCAAGGAUCACACCGCAGGCUGAAGCGCCGUACGAGACGCCAUUUGACAGUGGAGCUGUCGGUUUCGAGUACUAGGACCCAAGCCUCAACCCGAUGAAAUUAAUGACACUGCAGUAUGUCAGAGGUAAGUAGUCAAUGUGUCACAACACUUCGCAGCAGCCAGCUGUCAACCAAACAUAACCUAUACCAUAGUAGAAGUAUAUAAAAUAUUUCAGUG